GGACCAGCAUUUUGGCAAUGUCAGUAUUUACAAUAUAUCCUUGUUUGUUUUGUCUACACCAAUGACUCCACUUCUAGAAGAAGACAUUACUUAAACAAGCAAAGAUAUUAGGCUAACCAUGAAGACACAUAUUAUCAAUACAUGGCAUUCCUUUGUAAAUAUUCCCAAUGUGAUUGUACCCAAUAUUGAAAAGGAAAUAAGAAGGAUGGAAAGUGGAGCAUGCAGCUCCUUUUCUGACAAUGAUAACAGUGCCUCUAUAUCUGAAGAAUCAGAGAAAGAGAGCACCCAUGCAGGGGAUUCCUUUAGAAACAACUCACACAGAAGGGAAGGACCAUCACAGAGGGAGCAGUACCUGCCAGGUACCACGGCACUUUUCAAUGUUAACAACAGCAGCAAUAAGGAUCAAGAACCAAAAGAAAAAAAGAAAAAGAAAAAAGAAAAGAAGAGCAAGUCAGAUAAUAAAAAUGACCCAGAGAAGAAAAAGAAGAAGGAAAAGGACAAAGAGAAGAAAAAGAAAGAAGAGAAAAGCAAAGAUAAGAAAGAAGAGGAGAAGAAAGAAGUUGCAGUUAUUGAUCCCUCAGGAAACGUAUACUACAACUGGCUGUUUUGCAUCACCUUACCUGUGAUGUAUAACUGGACAAUGAUUAUUGCAAGAGCAUGUUUUGAUGAACUUCAAUCUGAUUACCUAGAAUACUGGCUCAUUUUUGAUUACUUAUCAGACAUAGUCUAUCUUGUCGAUAUGUUUGUACGAACGAGGACAGGUUGCUUAGAACAAGGAUUGCUGGUGAAAGAUAAAUUUAAACUCAUAGAGAAAUAUAAAUCAAACGUGCAAUUUAAACUUGAUGUUCUGUCAGUGGUACCAACUGAUCUGCUGUAUAUUCAGUUUGGGUGGAACUAUCCAGAAAUUAGAUUAAAUAGGCUGUUAAGAAUUUCUCGUAUGUUUGAGUUCUUUCAGAGAACAGAAACAAGGACAAACUACCCAAACAUCUUUAGGAUUUCUAACCUUGUUAUGUAUAUCGUCAUCAUUAUUCACUGGAAUGCAUGUGUGUACUACUCUAUUUCAAAAGCUAUUGGAUUUGGUAAUGACACGUGGGUCUACCCCGAUGUCAAUGACCCUGAAUUUGGUCGUUUGGCUAGAAAAUAUGUCUACAGCCUUUACUGGUCUACACUGACUUUGACUACCAUCGGUGAAACACCACCUCCUGUGCUGGAUUCUGAGUAUAUCUUUGUGGUGGUUGAUUUCUUAAUUGGAGUUUUAAUUUUUGCUACCAUUGUCGGUAACAUAGGUUCUAUGAUUUCCAAUAUGAAUGCAGCCAGGGCAGAAUUUCAAGCAAGAGUUGAUGCUAUCAAGCAAUACAUGAAUUUUAGAAAUGUAAGCAAAGAUAUGGAAAAGAGGGUUAUUAAAUGGUUUGACUAUCUGUGGACCAACAAAAAAACAGUUGAUGAGAGAGAAGUCUUAAAGUAUCUACCUGAUAAACUAAGGGCGGAAAUUGCCAUCAACGUUCACUUGGACACGUUAAAAAAGGUGCGUAUUUUUGCUGACUGUGAAGCUGGUCUGUUGGUGGAGUUAGUCUUGAAAUUACAACCCCAAGUCUAUAGUCCUGGAGAUUACAUAUGCAAGAAAGGGGAUAUUGGGCGUGAGAUGUACAUCAUCAAAGAAGGCAAACUUGCUGUAGUGGCAGAUGAUGGAAUUACUCAGUUUGUGGUGUUGAGUGAUGGCAGCUACUUUGGGGAGAUCAGCAUUCUUAACAUUAAAGGCAGCAAAGCUGGCAACCGAAGAACAGCCAAUAUUAAAAGCAUUGGCUACUCAGAUCUGUUCUGUCUCUCAAAAGAUGAUCUCAUGGAAGCUCUAACUGAGUACCCAGAUGCCAAAACUAUGCUCGAAGAGAAAGGGAGGCAAAUCUUAAUGAAAGAUGGCCUACUGGAUGUAAGCAUUGCAAAUGCUGGUAGUGACCCUAAAGAUCUUGAAGAGAAGGUCACUCAAAUGGAGGGGUCAGUAGACCGCCUACAAACACGAUUUGCCCGGAUUCUAGCUGAAUAUGAGUCAAUGCAACAGAAACUGAAGCAAAGAUUAACCAAGGUUGAGAAGUUUUUGAAGCCACUUAUUGACACAGAAUUUUCAGCUCUUGAGGACCUGGAGGAGGACGUGGACUCAUAGGCUCUACACAGGACUGAAAAGCCAGUCAUUAACAACAUUGCAUGUGUCUCAUGACCCUUUUGAUCAUAUGACCAAAGGAAACUGCAGUUUGGAAGAAGAGUGGUCAACUGGGAAAUUUUUCCAUAAGGGAAAUAUGCUUGGGUGCAUGACAAAGGCCCAUACACUCCCUGUGAGGCACUGUGAUUAAAGAAUCAUCCCAUCUUGGGAUUCUUCACUAUGGGUAAUGUGUAAGGGUAUAACCUGAUUAAUUUGUCAGUGUCUGGAUCUUCUGAGUUUUUUCACACAUGAUCCUUUUAUGUAAUAAUCUUUGUAAAAGUGAGUAAGUAUCUCUCACUUUCAGGAUACUUGCAUUGUUGAGGAGUAAAAUGUAUUCAGAGAAAAUGAGAAUUACUGUGAACAUCGUGUUUGGAAUACUAUUUUAAAAGGAAUUAGAAGGCAAUAAAGUGAAAUUAACUAUG